GUGGAGUAACACUUGAAUGCAAUGGGUGUGCUCUCAGCGAUUACUCGGGGCAUUGUGAGAGGAGCAGAUCGUAUGGCUGAGUUUACCAGCAAGCGUGGCUCAAGGACUCAUUACAAAGGCAGAGGAGCACAGCCAACAGGACGGCUAACGUCCAGUCGAAAAUUCAUCCAAGUGCGGGAAAUGAUUCCACAGUUUGUGGUGCCUAAUUUGGAGGGUUUCAAGCUCAAACCCUACGUAUCAUAUCGCACCCCUGCUGGAACAGAACCCCCGGUCACUCCUGAGAGCCUGUUUACUGAAGCCGUUGCCCCAAAGAUCAAGAAGGACUUUGAGGAGGGGACUUUCAAUAAGGAACAACUGCAGAAAUACGGAUUUGAACCCAAACAGGAAGGAAAGCUUUUUAAGCUCUAUCCAAAGAACUUUUUGCGAUAAGCAAACCCCACUGAGUGGCCAAUAUUGAGCACCAUUAUUUGUUUUUGUGUAAUUGAAGAUAUUGGAAAUUGUUAUAGCCAAUAUUGUGAAGCUGAACGUGUUGUUGAAUUUCAUUGAAUAAAACAUAAAAACUGCA